AUGCGGUUCUCUGCAGUUCUCGCCAUCGUUGUGGGCGGCGUCACAGCAUACCGCUCGAGCGAGGUUCCAAACUACCGUAACCACCGCAUCGCCCCGAGCCCGUCCGAGGCUCUCGCAAACUUGAACGUCAGCCAGGCGAACGCUACGUUCGAGCAGUGGGUCUCUCACGACAAUCACAGUUUGGGCACGUUUCCACAGUUCUACUGGUAUUCUACACAGUGGUGGAAAGGUCCUGGCUCGCCUGUUAUAUUGCACACGCCUGGAGAACUCAAUGCGAGUAGCUACAAUGUCUUCCUCACUACCAACAGAACGACUGGUUUACUGGCACAGGAGAUCGGGGCAGCGAUCAUCGUGCUGGAGCAUAGGUAUUGGGGGACGUCUACGCCAGUAACCGAAUUCACUACCGAGACGCUGCAGUAUCUCACGCUCGACGAGGCGAUCCAGGACUUCGUGCAUUUCGCGCGAACAGCCAAGCUACCUUGGGACGACGAGGGAACCGAGAACGCGCCCAAUGUGCCGUGGGUAUUUGCAGGAGGAUCUUACGCCGGUGCUCUCUCGGCAUGGACCGCCAAACUCUCACCCGGGACAUUCUGGGCACACCUCGCUGCGUCUGCCGUCGUGGAGAUCACCGGAGACUUCUGGCAGUAUUUCCUGCCUGUCCAGCAGGGCAUGCCCGCGAACUGCAGUAAAGACGUAUCCCUCGUCGUCGACCACGUCGACGCCAUCGGCACGAACGGCACGGAAGAAGAACAAUACGCGCUGAAAGAUCUCUUCGGCCUAGCUGGAGUCAUUCACUUCGAUGACUUUGCAUCCGCGCUGACGAACGCGCUGUGGCUGUGGCAGGGGAACCAGCUCUUCAAAGACACCGGGUUCUGGGCGUUCUGCGAUGCCGUUGAGAAUGUCACUCCUAAUGCUACGGAUGUUCCUGGCGUGGAGGGCGUUGGCGCGGAGAAAGCGCUUGCGGGAUAUGCGGACUACUUCAAUACUACGAUUUUGCCAGGCUUCUGUGAGGGGUUCAAGUACUACCAAGGCGAGAGGAAUGUGGACUGUUUCGAUACGUAUAAUGCGUCGAGCCCGAUGUUCUCGGAUACGAGUAUCAGCAAUACGUAUCUUCGACAGUGGGUCUGGAUGACUUGCAACGAGCCCUUCGGCUACUGGCAAAGCGGCGCCCCUCGUGACCGCCCAACAAUCGUCUCUCGCUUCUCCAGCUACGACUGGUGGGUCCGCCAAUGCGAUUUGUACUUCCCACCGGUAAACGGCUACACCGUCGGUAUCUCCACUGGCCGCACCUACGAAGCCAUCAACGCCAAGACCGACGGCUGGUUCAAUACGGAUAUCCCACGCUUAUUCUACGGCAAUGGAGGCAACGAUCCGUGGAGAGAGGCGACGGUGAGUGCGCAACUGAGGCCUGGUGGGCCGUACAAGGGAGAGAACAGGAGUAGGGUGGAGGUCAUUCCGAAGGGUUUUCAUUCGAGUGAUACGUAUGGGGUGUUGAGCUUUGUGGAUGAGGAUGCGAAGAGGGUUAUCUUGGAGGAGAUCAGGCAGGUGAAGGAAUGGGUGGAUGAGUUUCCGGGGAAGGGGGAGGAGUGGCCGAUGUAA